UCCAUCCAUUUUCUCAAUUAAUGAUUGAUGAGGGAGGGACCAGCCCAUGGUAGGUGGUGCCAUUCCUGGGCUGGUGGUCCUGGGUUCUAUAAGAAAGCAGGUUGAGCAAGCCAUGGGGAGCAAGCCAGUAACAGCAUUCCUCUAUGGCCUCUGCAUCAGCUCCUGCCUCCAGGACCUUGCCCUGUGUGAGUUCCUGUCCCGACAUCCUUCAGGGAUGAACUACAUAGAAGUGUAAUCCAAAUAAACCCUUUCCUCCCUGACUGGAUUUUGCUCAUGGUGUUUCCUUGCAACAAUAGAAACCCCACCUAGGACAGCCCUCAAGUAACUUCUAGCUUUGUCUGUUUUGUUAAGAUGGUUUGGACGAACACUUCAUGCAGUUAUUUUGUGCAUGUAGUUUUCAUUGCUCUUGAGGCAUACUUAGAAGUCAUGGGAGGAUGGCUCAGUUGCUAAAGUACUUGCCAAGGACCAGAGUUUGGUCCCCAGAAUCAACAUGAAAAUGUAUGUAAUUAUAAGGCCAGAGCUGGGGAGGUGGAUUCAGGAUGCUCUCUGGGGCUUACUGGCCAGCCAGCAUCGAUCAGCUGGUGGGCUUCAGCCCAGGGAGAGACCCCAAUUCAAAGAGAGUAGAUGAUGCUCCUGGGACGACACCCAAAGUUGUCCCCAGGCCUUCACAUGCAAGCAUGCUGACAUACUCACGUGCAGACACACUCACAGGGAUGUUUGUAAACUAGAGUUGCUUUUCAACAGAGGAGGAAAAUGUUCAGUUGCCUAAGAAAGUCCUAGAAUUUUUUAAAUUUUGGUUUUAUCUACUUUAUCAUUAAAAAUAUGCAGAAUGUUGUCUUGUUUCCUUCUCUAAACAUUCGCUAUGCUUCAACCUUUUAAUUUUAGCUAUUUAAAAGACAGGUUUCUUCAUGUAUGUACUUGAUGAAAAAAAUAUAGAUAUAGCAUAUAUGUUUUACUUUCCAGAUAUUGCUUGAGUUUUUGAUGUGUUGAAACAUUUGUAGAAACCAAAACUAGAGCUUAGGUAAUCCUUUUACCUUUAUUUUCAAUGACAUUAGAAUGUAAAUGUUUCUCCCCUUUGGUAUUUAAUUAGUUCAACAAUACCAUCAAAUCAUCUAGGUAAACUAUCUUGUCUGAUCACGUGGAAUCACUUUAUCACAUACCAGUCAGGUAAGCCGUUGUGUAUAGGCACACAAGAGCAUGUGUGCACAUGCACGUGUGCGUGCACCUGUGCGUGACCUCAUCUGGGAUAGAGAGGGAGUGGAACAUAGACAAUAUGGGGCUGUUUCGACACCAUUUUCUUUCUUUAAAGACACAUGCCGCCUAUGGAUGCCAGUUUCCCCACUCAAAAGGAACCAAGAUAUGUUGCCUAAGGAUUUUUUUGCAAUCAUUUGGGGUCUUCAUGAGCACUGCGAGUCUUUUAAAUAGUGUAGUGGCUUUUAAAAGUUAAGAUGAUGGAGUUCUAAGUCUAUGCAGAGCAGAAGGCAGAAGAGGUGACCCAGGGUUGAGGGACCGGGAGCCGACGGUUGCUUUGUCUGCUGGUAUGUUCCAGAUCACAAGUAGGGUUUCAGUGACAGCGCCUGGCAUUGAGCCCAAGUUAAGAGCACACCUGAUAUCCUACACAGUGUCCCCCCAGAGCAAGAAGUGCUGGAGAAGGAACUUGAGCACAGGCUCACGUUUCCCUGGGCCUCUCCCCGAGAUUUAUAGUCACACUGCUGCUGGGCGUGUUUUCUCAAACGCUGCUCCCUCCCCACUUGCAUGCAUAGCCCUACUGAUGCUUGGGAAAGCAGAGGGAGAACCUGGAGCACAGUGUGAUGUGAAUGGGUUACUGCAGUAGAGUUGUGAUCACACAUGCCCCACCCAGUCGGGCGAAGAUGUGGGGACCCUCAGAGCCACAUGGCACAAGACCGUGUCUGUCCCAGGGGCUUUUACAAAGACAGACACCAGAGUUGAUCAUAUUAGUUCUGAGUCACCAGCUAUGUACACGGCCUUUCAGGUGAGCACACCUGGCCAGAUGUGACGAGCCGUCCAUAUUUGGAUUAAGCUGGCUUCACCUCCCUCUCUUUGUGGCUGACUUUUUCUAAGUUGGAUCUCUCCCAACUGUUCUGUUUGUGAGCUUCCUACUUUUAGAAGCUGCGUAGAGAAGAGAGCCCGGUGCACAGUGCCGUGUGUACUGUUCGUCAGGUGGGGCUGUUGCCCAAUGCCCUUUUGUCUGGCUUCUUUGCACAGUGCAUAGAAAGGUACAGUUAGUGGUGUUAAUAGUCCUCUGUUGUUUGUUAUUAAACCGAGCACCGAGGUGUUUCUUGUUCAAGCAUAGCCCGGUUUCCUGCUUCAGUGCUCCAGAGGCAUGGCCUUCAGCUCCCUUCCCUGUGCAGGAAAUCCUGCCCUGGAGGCUGCUGAUCAAUCUGAAGUCAUUGUACAUGCGCUUUCUUCUAACCCAUCCCCCUCCAACACUACCCUGUUGCCUACUCCAGCCGGCUCCCUUCCCCCAGUCUCCCUUAUACUUCAUUCCGGUGCCCUUCUCUGUCCUGAGCUUAAGACCUCUUCCUCCCUCUCUAGAUCACUUUCUAGCUUCAUGAUCUACACACACAUCAUAUAAAUACACACACAUACAUACACACACACUUACAUGAUGUGUGUGUAUAUAUACAUCAUAUAAAUGCACACAAUAUAUACACACAUAUAAUAUAUACAUUGUAUGUAUAUAUUCAUAAACAUACACAUAUAUGAGUUCUCAUAAUAUGGACCUAGAUUUAGAAAUAUGUACACACACACACACACACACUUUUAAAUCUAGAGAACUCACAUAACAUAUCUUUCUGAGUCUUGCUUGUCUCAAUUGACAUAAUGAUACCCACAUUUGUGCAGGUGUCCUGAUUGAAUUUUCCUCAUCUCGGAAUAAAACUCCAUUAUGUAUAUGUAGCACACUUUUUUUACUAUUCAUCUGACAAUGGUUCCAUUUCCUCGGUAUUGUGAAUUGUGCAGCAGCAAACACGGCACAAGAAUCUCUGUGGUGUGUGGACGUGGAGUCCUUCAGGUCGAUAGCCCACAGUAGUAUAGCUGGGCCACGUGGUAGAUCUAUGUCCAGUUUUCUGGGAAGCCUGCCUAUGAUUUUCAUCACGGUUACACGAGUUUGCAUCCAAACCAGAAAUGUCUAUGGGCUCCCAUUUCCCCACAUCCCCACCAGCACUUGCUGUCAUUAGCUUUCUUGAUGACAGCCAUCUUGAAUGAGGUGAAAUGGAGUCUCAGAACACUGUCAGCUCACACUCUCUGAUGACUGGGGAUGUUUUAUGUCCCCUUGGAGGACUGACUGCUCAGUUCAUCAGCUCAUUUAUUGAUCAGAACAUUUGCUUAAUCUUUGCACUUUUUUAGAUAUGCUAAAUCUCUGUCUGACUUGUAGUUGACAAAGGGUUUUUUGUUUGUUUGUUUGUUUGUUUGUUUCCCCCCAUUAUGUAGCCAUCUCUUCCCCCUAGUGACUGUUUCCCUUACUGCAUAGACACUUCUUAAACCCCAUGCAGUCACAUUAGUCUCUUCUUAGGAUCAUCUUGUGCUAGUAAAGUCUUCUUUACAAAGUCCGGGGCUCUACCCACAUCUCUAGAGUGUUUGUCCCGAGUUGUCCUGUAAUUUCACAGUUUUUGGUCCUGGUAAUAUAGAGACCUUUCAUCCAUGUUGAAUUGAGUUUUGACCAGGGUGAGUUAUAUAGACCUGUAAUAGCUUCAUUGACUUUAGGUGUGGAAAUUAGUUGCUCCAGGACCAUUUGCUAAAGAAGAUAGUUUCCCCACCUCAUGUUUUUGACACCCUUGUCAGAAGUUAUCUAUGUAGGUUUGUUUCUGAGUCUUCUGUGUGAGGGCACUAUUUAUGUGUCUGCGUUUUUACCACUAGCAUGCUGUUGGUACCACUACUGUGGCUCUGUAAGAUAACUUGGGAUCAGGUAUUGUGGCACCUCAAGCAUUCUCCUUUUAGCACAGGGUCUUUUCUGCUUCCAUAUGAAUUUUGGGGAUUCUUUUACACUAUUUUUGUGAUCAAUGAUGUUGGAGUUUUGAAGUAGCUUGCAUUAGCUAUGUAGAUCAAUUUUGGUAAUAUAGGCAUUUCACAUAAUAUUAAUUUUUGACAAUCCCUAAACAGGAUUCAUCGGUAUUCUUAUGGCUAUUGUAAAUUAACUACUUUGUUGGCAUAUUCAUUAUUGAGAUAUAAAAAUUAUUGAUUUUUGUCAAUUUCGUAUCAUACUUUUUAGUUGGAAGUAUUUAUCAUUUCUGAUGGGGUAGUUGAAGUCUUAAGCAUUGGACCAUGAUUUCCAAGAUAGGAUUUUACUUCUUUUCUUGUUUACUUUUUUCUUCCUUGCCUCUUGCUCUAAGACUUUGAGCACUAGAUUGGAAAAUAGGAAAAGAAUCAAUGCCGUCAUCACAUUUUAGCCUUUAGAGGAAAUACACUCAGUAUUUCUGCAUUUAGGCUGACUAGAGGUACAUUUGCUACAGGUUCAUCAUAUUAUAUAGCCUUUAUUAUUUGUGUGUGUGUGUGUGUGUGUGUGUGUGUGUGUGUGUGUGUGUGUGUGUGUGUGUGUGUUCGUGUUCCUUCUGCUCCCCGUGUCUUCAGGACAUUUAUCAUGAAUGGAUAUGAAACUUUGUUUGACAAAGUCCUUUUCCACCAAGAUUAUGAUUGGCCAGAUGAUUUCUGUCAUUAAAUUGAUAUAUGGUGUUGUUUAUUUUCUCAAUUAACUUUGCAUCUCUGGUUUGCACUUGGCAAAACAACUUGGUCAUGGUGUCUGAACUUUUGAAUGCAUUCCUGAAUUCAGUUUUCAGGAAUUCUAUUGAGAAUUUUGGCCAUCCGUAUUUCUCAAGGAAAUGGGUCUAUCCAUAGGUUUUGCUUUUGUGUCCUUAUUUGGCUUUGGUAUCCAGCUUCACACAGUGGACUGAGUGGUGUUCCUUCCGUUUCUGUUUCAUGGGUCGGUUUAAAGAGCAUCGAUCGGUUUUGGCAUUUCUCUAAAACACUGUUAGAAUUCGUCAGUGAAUCUGUCCAGUCCUCUGGUUUUCAUAGUAAUGUUUCAAAUCUCACUGAUCAUGACGGGUAAGUUUAACUUGCGUAUGUCCUUUCCCCCCAACUUUGGUGAGUAGUCUAUGGCUAGGACUUUGUCUGUUUAUUCUACACUUUUGGAAUAUAACUCUUCAAAGUAUUCCAUGGUGAUUGCCUGAGUUUCACUGGCUCUGUAAUACACCCCCCGCCCCCCACGCGCGCACCCCAUGUCACCUCUCAUUCUCUUGUGUUAGCUGCUGGGAGACGUGAGAGAGUUUCUCUGGUCAGCUGACCACUCCACCGCGGAAGAACUCAUCCAAGGCAAUGCCAAUUAGUCUUUAAGGAUUGAUCAAAAAAGGAUACUGUGGAGGUUGGGUAAGAAAGGUGGGGUGAACUGGGGAGGACUUCACAUCUAAGCUUGUUAUGUUUCAGUAUACAUAUGUUUGUGUGGUUUCUGUCCAUUUUUUAGCUUUAUUGCUCUUAAAGAUACAUAACAUUGUUUUGAUUCUUUUGUUUUUUGGUAAGACUUGGUUUCUGGCCUAGAACAUGAGUUUAUUUUGAGGAAUGCCCCAUGGGAACCCGAGAAGAAUUUCUGUAUCUGUGUGACAGAAUAUUCCAUACAGAAAUCCUAAGCUCAUUUGAUCUGUGGUAUGGUUUAACUCUGAGGUUUCUUUUGUUAAUUUUUAGUUUCAAUGACCUCUCUGGAGGUGGUAGUAAGGUGCUGACAUCACCCAGUAUUAUUGUGUUAGAACCUAUUGGGCAUCUGAUGUCCAUUAGUAUUUGUUUGAUAACGUUUAUAAUAUAUGUAAUUUAUAUAAAUAUAAAUUAAUGUAUAAUAUAUUGUAAUUAUUAAACCCUCUAAAUGAAUGUUUCUGCUUCUUGCUAUGUAGUUAAUUUCCUUUUCUCUUCUGACUGAUUUCGGUUUUGAGAAUUCUUUACCAGACAAGGAUAGCAGCAACACCAGCUUGUUUUCAGCCUCCCUUCACUUAUAGAUUAUCUCCUACCCAUUGACCCUCAGACCGUCAGUCUGUAGUUAUUUUCACCUCGGAACCGAAGUCUGCAUCUUUUUGCUGAUGAGUUGAGGUCAUCUACAUUUAAGUUUAUUAUUGAGAGUUGUUUGUGGAUUCCUGUGAUUUUAUUAGUUGUUUUCUGAUUGCUUGGGGUGUUUGUUCUUCCAGAUCAGUAUCAGGAAUUUGCCGCUUCACUACGCAGGACAUGAUGGAGUCAUUCCCAGUUCUCCUGAGUUCAUGUAUCCCUUUUAAAAGUUGAGCUUUCCUGCACUCUGAUAGCUGACACGUUCCUCCUUUUCUAUGUGUAAGGAUUCUCUACAGUGCUGGGUUAGUGGUCACGAAUUGUAUUAAGUUGUGAUUCCUUGAGAUACCUUUAUUUCCCUGUUAGUUUUAUUACAUUUAUUUUUAAUACAUACAUACAUACAUACAUACACACUCACACACAUGCACACACCAUACAUGUGAAAGCUGGAGGGCAUUUGCAAGAGAUGGUUUUCUCUUGCUGCCAUGUGGUUCCCUUGGGAUUGAACUCAGGUCUUCAGGCUUUAUGGCAAGUGCCUUUACCCACUGGACCAUCUUCCUACAAAUUUUUAAAGACACUCUCUGAAUACAAAGUUCUAGGCUGACAGUUAUUUACUUUUGGUGUUUGAAAUACAUCAUUCCAUGGUUUUUUUUUAACUUUUAAGGUUGUUGAUGAGAGAUUAUAUUUUUGAGAUAUUAUAUUAUUAUGAAUGGUUUGCCUUUGUGAGUGAGUUUUUCCCUUUAACUCUGAAUACUACUUCCUUGUUUUGUAUUUUUAAGAUCUUGACCAUAAUACAUAGUGGAAAUAUUCUUCUCUGGCCAUAUCUAUUUGGGCAUCUGGAAAGAUGACUCAGUUAGAAAAAUGCUUUAGAUGUAAGCACAAACAGCUGAAUUUGAUUACCCAGAACCCACGUAAAAAGCUAGGUGUAGCAGCAUACAUUUAUAGUCAUAACACCAGGGAAGUGGAGGCAGUAGUUUUCUGGCCAACUGGUCUACCUGAAUAAAUGAGCUCCACGUUUAAAACCCUGCUUUUAAAAAUAAGAUGGUGAACGACUAAGGAAGGUACUUGGUGUCUACUUCUGUCUUCCACAUGCAUAUCUACAUGUGUGCACGCACGUACACACCACAAUCCCUGCUGAGGAUCUAAGGGCAAUUCUCUACUGUGCUUCUUCUCACUCUUGUCUCAUUCUGUUCCCCAGGUUUCAUCUACUUCCUUUGUAGAGUCUAAAGCUCCUCCUCUCUCUUUUUAUCCUUAGUCUGACUCUCCCACCAGGUCACCCAAAGGCAGCUUCUCUCCUGCUCUCUUAUAUAGAUAUCUGGGUUAUUCUUUACUGAUAUGGAGGAAAUCUGUAUUAUUACUUCCACCUAGAUAAACAAAACAACAUUACAAAAAGGGAAUCUGUUGUUCUAAAUAUUAUAAUGUAAAACGACAGCACUGGCUCUCUCUGAAUGGCAUGAAAGACCUUACUUGUGGUUAACGUCACAUGGCCUCAUAAGCAUCCCUGUUGAAUCAGAGGUUGGAGGUGACACGUUUGGUCGCCGCCUUGGAAAAGGAUUUCCCACUCUUCGCCCUGCUGGUUCAGCUCCGCUCUGGGUUACCUACCAUCUGCUCUCCGUGUUUUCGCAUAUGUGAUAAGGCAUAUGGUUAAGGGAUGGAAAAGUCAAUGCAUGCAACUGGUGAGGGUGGAGGACGCCGUGUCUGCAGGCUGGUCAAGUUAGCAGCCCAUCUGCCAGAGCACAGAGAGCCCUUUUAGCAAGUCACUUCGCUCCCCAAGCCUGCCCGGGGAGCCCCUCAGUCCACAUUUUGUCAAGAGGAUCCAGUAUGGCAACAACAGAAUGAAGGUUCUGCUUCCUAAGUGGCUUGCCACAAAGCACAGACGCCGGCAUGGUUUCAUGGACGCAUUUGUUUUCUUUUACUGUAGAUCGGAAGAAUGCUAAUGAGAUGAGAUGAAGAGUGACCAUUCUGCUCCCUUGUCUCUUGGAGAAACAAACUAUUCUAGGGCCUUUCUCUCCUCUUCCCCGUCCAGAGUCUCACUGUACAACCAGACUGACCUUGAACUCCUGAUCCUCCUGCCUUAGUCUUCCUGCUGGUAGGAUUCUAAGUGUCACCAUGUUUGAGGGCCUUUUAAUGCACACUUUGUCUUUCCUGUAGAAUUGACUUGCAGCAUGGAACUUGGGGUUUUAGUUGGACUGAACAUUGACAAUAGGUUUCUAUUGUAUGUUUUUCCCACGACUGUUUCAAAGUUUCCUUCACCAUCUUGACUCUUGUUUGCCUUCUUAAUUUUAAAAAUACAGCCACCGCCUAUACUGUUUUAACAAUGCUUCUCCUGAUAGACAGGUCAGUGGAAAUGUACUAGAUGGUGCAUUCUCUGCUGAAGGUAGGCUUUCUACACCAGCACUUCACGUAUGCUAGGGUUUUGGAGCUGGGGUUUAAUUUAUGUGCACACGUUAGAAAAAGGUGUUCUUUUCGUUUACUGCCCCCAACACACACUCUCUCUUUUGGGUGGGAAUUUUCCUGACCACAUCUUAUCUGAAAUCUCAGACUCCUUCGAGUCCACAACAGAAGGCAUUGGCAGAACGUGUCGCUAGGCACCUCUAACUUUAUUCUUCUGCUCGUCGCCUUGUGUCUCCUGAGCAUUCUUUGCUCAUCCACCAUUCCAUCCCACAAGGCGUCUCUGCUGUGGACCAGAUGAGACGUUGCACACUUGUAAUCUCAGGGUCCAGGAAGCCAAGGGAAAAGGGUCACAAAUGUGAGCCUGGUCUACAGGGUGAAACUCUGACUCAAAAUAAUCUACUUAUGUUCAUUGGCCAGAAAAUUGUCUGUAUCCGUGUUAUAAAUGUCCAUGGCCCUUAAUGGCUCUCCACGUCUGUAAUCUGUUCUGUGCCUCCUAGUCUGUGCAUUCUAAAGUAUUCCAAGAGAUGUUACACAUUUUAUAAUGAGAAAAAAAGUGUGACUUGCAAUCUUGUGCUGCACUGGAUGGAGGUGGCAGCCCUACAUAGGUCCCCCUUGUCCUGUUCCCCCAUAUAUUCUCUCUCUCCACGUUCUACAUGGGUGGUGGGUUCUGCAAAGGAGCCCUGCUCUGAGCCACACAGCUCAUCGGCAACACUUCCUGCUGCUUCCAGGCACCUCUCAGAGGCUCAUGGGCAGGUGUGGGCAGUCACUCGGCAUAUCCCAGCACUGGGGACAUGAAAAAAUAAUACCUAGUGCCUUCUUUCCAGGAACUGAAGCUCUCAUGGGGAGAAGCAAAAAUAAAAAUAAUAGAGAAUUCAAGUGGGAGCCAAGCGCUGUUAGUACAAGCAUGUCACCUUGGCAGGCGGGAAUGGAGCAAAGCCAGCCGGAAAUAGAGGGGCCUGGAGACAGUACCUUCAACAGGGGUUCAAAGGUCAUGAGUCGUGCAGAAAAGAGACAAAGAUACCCUUCCCGUGGGCUACAGUAUCAUUUGUGUGCCGUACGUCUGAAUGGAACAAGAGGGUCCCGACAUCCUGACACCCUCCACCUGCAGCCAAGAUGGCUACAUUUAUCCCUCUAUGAAGUAUUACCCAAAAUAAGAAUAGCUUUGAGUGGGGGUGGAGGGGAGCCCAGUGAGUAAGCGCUUGCAGCAGAGGCAUGAAGGUCUGAAUUCGGAUUCCCAGAACCUGCACGGAAAGCCAAAGGCCACAGUGCACACCUCUGUAAUCCCAGCAUGCCUACCGUGAGUCGGAAGGCCCAUGCAGGAGCACACAACAGCAAGCAUCGAUAGACCUUGUAUGAAGGAGGAAGGCUGGAACUGCCACCCAAGUUUGUCCUCUGCCCACAUGCACACUGUGACACAGACACACUAGCGCGUGUGUGCACAUGUGCACACACACACACAAAGAGAGAGAGAGAGAGAGAGAGAGAGAGAGAGAAAGAGAGAGAGAGAUAUAACUUUGUUUACAUUUUCUUUUUUGCAAAGUAACCAGUUGCUGGCUCUGCUAGUCAACCCAGUAGGUAGUGGGUAGGAGUCUAAGCCUGUGACCUCUUUGCCAUGACUGCUUGCGCUUCCUCUUUCAAGUCGCUAUAAAUCUUCUUUGUCUGUUUCUGCUUCCUGGUUGAUUAAUCUUCAACCAGAUAUUCUAACAUCAAAGCGUCCUGCUCUUUCCAGCGUAACUGCCCCCAAGCCUGGCCUCUGCUAGACUCACGUCAUUGACUUAGAAUGCAAUUAGUUGUCUCAGGGACUGGAGACGAGUUUCUUUCUUCGUUCUUGUUCUUGGCUUUACAGUUGAGUUCAGUGGGAAGUGUCCACAUCACAGCUAACAGAAGGGCACAGAAAGUUCAGCCCUUCCUAAGCAGGUUUAAGAAGACGCUAGAAACUAUGAAAUUGUUGAAUGGAGCUACUGGGGCCCGAUUUAUAUAAGGGUUAUCCAGUGUUCAGUGUUUACCUUCCUGCAUCCCCAGAUGUUAGUGCCAAAGAGGCUGGUAUGCAGUGUCCUGGUGGUGAAGGAGAGAUUCAGUUCCCUGGGGGAAAGGCUCCCUCAGGGGUCCUUGUGGAUGCUGCCCCGGAGGGGACAGUGUAAGGAAUGACCUCUUGACGAUCAGGAGUGAACUAAGGGUUUCUUUCAUCCUUUUGGCUUGGGGGAGUCAGAUGGAUAGCAGAGCAUUGCAGGACAGGAGAGCCCGUAACUAAGUGCUGGUGAUUAUUCUUGCUUCUACUGUUGUUCAUGGAGCCCCUCCUCCUAUUCAUCAGGAGUGUAGAGAGACACACGGUUGCUACCUUCUAAGUUUACAUUUAUUGCAUGAGGAUAACUACUCGGUUAGCUGGCUUGCCAUUCCAGAUGGGAAAUACGUGCUUAGACCUGUUGUAAAACACCUGUCUUCCCGUGUGUGACUGUAUGGGGAGCCUAAUUACGUUUCAUUUUUCCUGAUAAUGAUCUAAGUGACUUGUCGGCCUGCCAUGAAAACCCAGGUUUGCUAACAAAUCAGUUAGCAACCGUCAUUAGAACGGAAACAAUGUAAUGUGGUCAUACCUAAUGUUAAACUGAAAGAAACAUUCUCCUCCUCUCCCCUCACUAUUAUGCAAAUGGUGGACAGAACUCCAGAGGAAGCCAAACUACCUUCUAAAAGUAAAAUUCACCAGGUUUAACAGCAGUGUCUGUUGUACUGAUGGCAGCAAGGGAGAAAGAUCCCUGGAGCCCCCUCUCCAGCCAGCCUGGCUAAAAGGUGAGCACCAGGUUCAGUGAGGAAACUUGUGUCAAAGAAUAAGGUGGAGAACGACCAAGGGAGACACUCUCUACCAGGGCUCCUCAACCUGUGGUUUGGUUGUGACCCCCCUUGGAGGUUCAAACAACCCUUCUAUUGGGGACACAUAACAGAUAUCCUGCAUAUCGGAUAUUUACUUUAUGAUUCAUAACAACAGCAAACUUACAGUUGUGAAGUAGCAGCAAAGUGACUUUAUGGUUGUGGGUCACCACAACGGGCGAAACUGAAUUGAAAUGGCCUCAGCAUUAGGAAGGUUGAGAACUGCUGUUCUUUACCAAUGUCUGAUCUCCACAUGCACAUGUGUGUACACAUGCACACACACAUGCACACACACACAUGCACACACAUGCACACACACACACACACACACACACACGCGCACACACACCAGUUCAGUGCCCCCACAUAUAUGCACACAACACACCUGUCCAGCGCACCCUCCCACACACAAACAUGUAUGCACAGAUACACCACACUCAGCACAACAAAAUCCUCAAAGAAAAUAAAAAUUAAGCCUUAUGAGUUGGACAUAGUAGUUCAGGCUUUCAACACAGCUGGCACGGGAAUGGUAAAAAGUUGGAAGCCGGACCGGGUUACACAAGAUCGUGCGUGCCUCAAAUAGCUAAAGUUAAAUAAGUCACGCUAAUAGAUAAAGAGAAAGGAAACAACACUACAUUUAAAAUAUAACAGAAGUCACAAGCGAACAUGAAAUACGUUCAAAGUACCUCCGGGUAACUUCUGUCCCUCCUUGCCUUUCACCCAUGUGUAGCUCUAGGGUAAAAAUACAGUAUCGGGGCGUGUGCUUCACGUGUGUGUCAGUCACCUGCUGACCUUGUAAAUGAGUCAGUGGAUCUUACAGGGUCCUUGAGAGAAUAAUGAAUUCCCACGUAAACCCAUGGGCUGGCUGCUUUGCUCACCAGAUUCCACCGUGUAGCGACAGAAGGGGCGGGUCCAGGACACACUGCUCCUGGCAACGGGCAACAGGCAAACUCCUUCUGCCCUCCGCCCCAAGACACUGCAUUUCCAUUUUUCAAAGCCCAGAUUCAGGACAGGAGUGUGAGUUAGUGCUAAAGGGACCAGGGUUCACCCGAGCCUCGGGAAGACCCUGCAUUUCUUCCCCUUGAGGUGACCUUGAAAGUGCACGUCAGUGACGCCAGCACCCACCAGCCCAUCGCAGAUGCGCUCAUCGAGGUCUUCGCCAGCCAGGUGUCUGUUGCCUCUGGCACAUCCGGCACAGAUGGGGUCGCCUUCAUCAAGUUCCCGUACAAACUGGGAAAUCAGCUGAUUGUCACCGCCACAAAACACGCCUACGUGCCAAACUCCUCGCCGUGGAAACCCAUCCGAUUACCGGUAUUUUCCUCGCUGAGCCUUGGGCUGCUUCCUGAACGCUCUGCUACGCUAAUGGUCUAUGAAGAUGUCGUCCAAAUAGUAUCAGGAUUCCAAGGUGCCCGGCCACAGCCUCGAGUUCAUUUCCAGAGAAGGGCCUUGAGGUUGCCAGAGAACACCAGCUACAGUGCCCUGACAGCCUUCCUCACUGCGGCCAGCUCCCCGUCAGAAGUAGACAGUUUCCCGUAUCUGCGAGGAUUGGAUGGAAACGGGACAGGAAACAGCACCAGGUAUGACUUGACCCCUGUCACAGCCGUCAGCGUGCACUUGCUCAGCGGUAAUGGGACGCCGGUGCUGGUGGAUGGACCCAUCUAUGUCACUGUGCCCUUGGCCACUCAGAGCAGUCUGAGGCACAACGCCUAUGUGGCAGCAUGGCGGUUUGACCAGAAGCUGGGAACGUGGCUGAAGAGUGGUCUGGGCCUGGUGCACCAGGAAGGCAGCCAGCUCACGUGGACGUACAUUGCUCCCCAGCUGGGGUACUGGGUGGCAGCUAUGUCUCCCCCCAUCCCAGGUCCUGUUGUGACACCGGACAUCACCACCUAUCACACGGUGUUUCUUUUGGCCAUUUUAGGAGGGAUGGCUUUCAUUCUUUUGGUUUUGCUGUGUCUCCUUUUAUAUUAUUGCAGGAGGAAAUGCUUGAAACCCCGUCAGCAUCACAGAAAGCUACAUCUCCCCCCAGUUCUGGAGAGCUCCAAGAGGGAUCAGUCAACGUCCAUGUCUCACAUCAACUUGCUGUUUUCCCGUCGAGCGUCAGAUUACCCUGGACCUCUGUCUGUCUCCAGCCAUAGCCGCCCAGAGGCUCCAGGGACAAAGGAAUUGAUGGGCGGGGUGCAUUUAGAAAUGAUGUCCCCCAAUGGGGAGGGGGACCUGCACACACCCAUGCUAAAGCUCUCCUACAGUACCUCACAAGAAUUUAGCUCCCGGGAGGAGCUGCUGUCCCACAAAGAAGAGGAUAAAAGCCAAACAUCUUUUGAUAACUUAACCCCGAGUGGGACGCUGGGGAAAGAGUACCAUAAGUCUGUGGAGAUUUUUCCCUUGAAAGCAAGAAAAUCUAUGGAGAAGGAAGGCUACCAGGCCCCCAGCAACGAUGACUACAGAGGUAGUUACAAUACUGUGCUCUCCCAGCCUUCAUUUGAGAAGCAAGAUCAAGAAGGCCUGACAUCGGCAGGAAGCAAACUCACCAUUCAGGAACACAUGUACCAUGUACCCUUAUCCCCUGGGAAAGAGCAACUGCUGGACCGCAGACCUACUGAAUGUAUGAUGUCACGGUCUGUCGAUCACCUGGAGAGACCUACUUCCUUCCCGAGGCCGGGCCAGUUGAUCUGCUGUAGUUCCGUGGACCAAGUCAAUGACAGCGUUUACAGGAAAGUGUUGCCUGCCUUGGUCAUCCCGGCUCAUUACAUGAAACUUCCAGGGGACCACUCGUAUGUGAGCCAGCCUCUGGUGGUCCCCGCUGACCAGCAGCUGGAAAUAGGAAGGCUCCAAGCCGAGCUGUCCAACCCCCACGCGGGGAUCUUCCCACACCCGUCCUCUCAGAUCCAAGGCCAACCCUUGUCUUCCCAGGCAAUCUCCCAGCAGCACCUACAGGAUGCGGGAGCGCGGGAGUGGAGCUCUCAGAAUGCACCCAUGUCAGAGUCACUUUCCAUCCCAGCAUCCCUGAAUGAUGCAGCCUUGGCUCAAAUGAACAGCGAGGUGCAGCUCCUGACUGAAAAGGCGCUGAUGGAACUGGGGGGUGGGAAGCCACUUCCGCACCCUCGGGCGUGGUUUGUCUCGCUGGACGGAAGGUCCAACGCUCAUGUUAGACAUUCGUACAUUGAUCUCCAAAGAGCUGGAAGAAAUGGAAGUAAUGAUGCCAGUUUGGACUCUGGCGUGGAUAUGAAUGAACCAAAAUCUGCCCGGAAGGGAAGGGGAGACCCUUUGUCUCUCCAGCAGAGCCACCCGCCUCUCCAGGAGCACCAGCAAAAAGACCCCAGAGCUCCCGACAGCGCCCCCUACACGCAGCUCGUGUACCUCGAGGACGUGGACCAGAGCCGUGGCGAGUGUGCGGCCACGGUCUGCGCCCCCGAGGACAGCGCACUGCGAUGCUUGUUGGAAGGGUCAGGUCGGAGGAGUGGGGGGCAGCUGCCCAGCCUGCAGGAGGAGACAACCAAACGAACUUCAGAUGUUCCCCUGGAGCCAUUAGCCAGUCCCAACCAGAGAAGAUCCGCCAACGAUGAAGAGGAAGACGACGACGACGACGAUGACGAUGACCAAGGAGAAGAUAAGAAAAGCCCCUGGCAAAAGCGAGAGGAAAGACCCUUGAUGGCCUUCAAUAUCAAAUGAGCCGUCGAUAAGCCCCUAAAUGCGGAUUAUAAAAUUGCCAAAUAUCCUUUCUCAUGAAAGCGCGUACCUGCGUGUGGAGAAGCUGAGGAGCGGAAACCAUGCAAGUAAAUGCUUACUGCAUUGACAUGGCGGCGGAAUUACGGUUAGGACGCAGAGGGAAGGGUGACUGACAGAUGCUGCCCCUCCAGGAAGGUGGCUGGGAGACGUCAGUCAUUCUAUGGACCUGGCUUGUCGCAGUAGGGAUGCUGACAAACCACGUGUGGGAUUGCUAUGCUCCAAGGAUCACCUCAGUUCUCCCUCAGAUUCUGGAAACAGAUGAAACAAACUCUCUUUGCAUUGUUUGAACCCUCCAUCCUGUCAUGAUAACACUACUGUGAAGCUCUCACUGGGAAAGUUGGGUGGCGAGUACUUCCCGGAAGUCGGUGUUACCCGGAAGUCGGUGUUAUCUCAAAAGAAAGCUAUGCAUUGCUGCUGCUUUUUUACUUUGCUUCAGUUAGGUCUCUCUCUCUCUCUCUCUCUCUCUCUCUCUCUCUCUCUCUCUCUCUCUCUCUCUCCUCUCUCUGGUGGGAGGGGUUGUUUUUUCUGUCUCUGAAGUACAACUCAGUUUCAGCUGUAAAAUUUCAGUUUCCUUGUCUCAGUCUAUUCUACUUCUCCGUGGUCGGUUUCAGUGUCUCCCUUCAGGAGCUCAGAACCCGGGUGUCGGCUCUUAACAUCUCUAAGCCCUUUAAUGAAUUGUACUAAAGGUUUUGUUUUUUUUUAAUCAGCUGAGAGUCCCUCAAUUCUGGUCCCAUUAACUCCAAGUGCCUUUUUUACAGUGACAACAGACAGUCCCUCGGUUUCAUGUUUUUUCGUAACCCUUUCGAUUGAACUGCCUGGAUUUUAUAUAAAGUUACUAAGCGAUACCUUGUUCUUUGAACUGCAUGCUGCCAAGUGCCGUUCGUACCCAGCAUCCUCAUUUCAACACAGUAUACGCUCUAGUUAUCCUGUGUAACGUGGGUCUGUUUAGCUAAGAUAGACUAGAGGACACUGUAGAGAUGCCCUUCCUACUCCAUCCCUUGGCCACUGUGGUGGUUCCACUGGCUGUUUGUAUAUAGGGUUACGCAUUAACUCUGGACUCCUGUGGGCCCUUCCUGCUCACAGAACACGAGAGUGCGGGCUGAGCACGGGGAUCGAGCCUUUUAAAGAACACUCGUGUAUUGUCCAAAAGUGCCAGAGUGACUGACUCUUCUGCGCAUUCUCCUUUAAGAGCUGCUUGGUUGUCCAAAAAAAUGAAAACUCAAAAUAAACUUGAAAGAAGGAAAAAAAAAAA